GACAUGCAGAAGCCGCGGCUGGGGAGGCUGGGGCUGCGGUGGCGGCGGGCGGCGGGCCUCGGGGAGCGGAGCGACACGGCCUAGCGCGGCGGACGGCCGAACGGACGCGGGCAGCCGGCCCGGCCCGCCAUGGAGAUGGAGAAGGAGUUCGAAGAGAUCGACAAGGCCGGGAACUGGGCGGCCAUUUACCAGGAUAUUCGACAUGAAGCCAGUGACUUCCCGUGCAGAGUGGCGAAACUUCCUAAGAACAAAAACCGGAACAGGUACCGGGAUGUCAGCCCCUUUGAUCACAGUCGGAUUAAAUUGCACCAGGAAGAUAAUGACUAUAUCAAUGCCAGUUUGAUAAAAAUGGAGGAAGCCCAGAGGAGCUAUAUUCUCACCCAGGGUCCUUUGCCAAACACAUGUGGGCACUUCUGGGAGAUGGUGUGGGAGCAGAAGAGCAGGGGUGUGGUCAUGCUCAACCGCAUCAUGGAGAAAGGGUCGCUAAAAUGUGCCCAGUAUUGGCCACAGAAAGAAGAAAAGGAGAUGGUUUUUGAUGACACAAAUUUGAAAUUGACACUGAUCUCUGAAGAUGUCAAGUCAUAUUACACAGUGCGACAGUUGGAGUUGGAAAACUUGGCCACCCAGGAGUCUCGGGAGAUCCUGCAUUUCCACUACACCACGUGGCCUGACUUUGGAGUCCCUGAGUCUCCUGCCUCCUUCCUCAAUUUCCUUUUCAAAGUCCGAGAGUCAGGCUCCCUCAGCCCGGAGUAUGGCCCCAUCGUGGUACACUGCAGUGCUGGCAUCGGCAGGUCGGGAACCUUCUGUCUGGCUGACACCUGCCUCUUGCUGAUGGACAAGAGGAAAGACCCCUCUUCUGUGGAUAUCAAAAAAGUACUUCUGGAGAUGCGCAGGUUCCGCAUGGGGCUCAUCCAGACAGCCGACCAGCUGCGCUUCUCCUACCUGGCUGUGAUCGAGGGAGCCAAGUUUAUCAUGGGUGACUCCUCAGUGCAGGAUCAGUGGAAGGAGCUCUCCCACGAGGACCUGGAGCCCCCACCCGAGCAUGUCCCCCCACCUCCCCGGCCACCCAAACGCAUUCUGGAGCCUCACAAUGGGAAGUGCAAGGAACUCUUCUCCAACCACCAGUGGGUGAGCGAGGAGGCGUGUGAGAGUGAAGACAGUCUGGCCAGGGAGGAAGGCAGAGACCCCUCAAGUGCCAUGCGUAGCAUGAACAGCGUGAGUCAAGACACUGAAGUUAGACAACGGAUGGUGGGUGGAGGUCUUCAAGGUGCCCAGGCAUCUGUUCCUACCAAGGAAGAGCUGUCCCCAGCGGAGGAGGAACAAAAGGCACACUGGGCGACUCACUGGAAGCCCUUCCUGGUCAAUGUGUGCAUGGCCACGGUGCUGGCGACUGGCGCAUACCUCUGCUACCGGGUCUGUUUUCACUGACGGCUGCUGGAGGCAUGAGUGCGGUGAGCACUGUUGCUGCCCGGCUUAGGGUUCGGUCUGCGGCGUCUGACCCGGUGCAGGGGAACAGCUAGCGACCCUGCGGUGGAACUGGAAGGGCCGGCCCCAGGAGGGGCGUCAGUGCACUGGGCUCUGUAGGAGCCCCAUGGUCCCAAGAACAGUCUAAUCUCAGGGCCUUAACCUGUUGAGGAGAAGUGGAGGAAAUGCCAAAUACUCUCUCGCUCGCUCGCUCACCUCACUCUUCCCCCUUUCUUUCUCUGCUCGUUUGUUUUUGGGGAAAAAAUUACAACACAUUGUUGUUUUUAACAUUUAUAAAGGCAGGUUUUUGUUAUUUCUGGAAGAAAAAAAAAGACGCUAGGCACUGAUGGCAUUCUUUUGUGCCCUUUGGCGUAAAAUCAGAUCCAUAAUUUACAGUGACUUCCCAGGGGAAGGAUCCCAAACGGUCAGGAAUGAAAAGCUCCUGCUGGCUGGGACAGCCCCCGUUGUGUACCCUGAGCUGGCACAUGCCCGAAGCCACCCUGCUGUAAGAGAGCAACAGCACAGGCUGGCUCUAAACAGCGAGCCCAGCUCUGCUUCCUCAGGUGUCCCUGCUGCACCCCCUCCAGACCCCGUCCUUGUGACAGCCAUCUUGCUGAUGUCGCACCCUCACCAUCCCACCCGUUGAUGGGAUUCCCCAAGGGCCCUGUCUCAGGGUUCAGUUCACCUUAGGCGGCUGCCAGCACUCAUCCUGCGGUCUCCAUUUCAUUUGGGAAGUAAGCACCACUGUGUAGAACCCUCGCUGCUGAGUGCAAGCAUGAGCGAUAGAAGGAGCCUUGGUGUCCUGGAAGCCACUUCCCAUGACUGUUACCAACCUCUGAAACAUCCAGUCCUGUCCCAGGAACAUCCUUGAAGGCAUCAGAUAAUGUUUGCAAAGUGCAAAGACUUUCCUGAGUGGUGAUUUUCAGAGGCAGGACUCAAAACACCACUGAGAACUUGCCAUGGCUGCCUCCGGCACUGGUGUGGCUAGGCUGUGGGGAAGUGGGCGCUGUGGUUGCAUCCAAGGCAUGUUUGGUUGCUGUCCAGCAGCACAGGUGCAGGCCACAGCGGCCAUGCCGGGGCAGCACAGCUGCAGGCCACAGCGGCCAUGCCGGGGCAGGAAGGGCCACUGGCCUGCAGAGCAAGCUGCAAAGCAUGCUUGCACAGACAGAGCCACCGCCUCCUUCACCAUGCAGCUCCCUUUCUGCUUUAUCCACCUGCUUCCUCCCGGGAAAAGCAAGCCCACACCAUUGUGAGGAGUGCAGGCACGGCAGGAGCAGGGCGCUGGCUCAUGGCUGGCCAAGGCCCCGCCCUCCCUAGACACUGCUCCACUCGUAUUUAUUCACCUCUCCAAAGGCGUCCCGCUGCAUGAGCAUGCCCUUAAACUGAUAGCGCAACAUGUCAGCCUGGUGCCCAGGGCUCUGUCAAGUACUGUAUCAGAUGGCUCCUGGGGUUGGGCCGGGAAUGCAAGACUGACGGGAGCCACUGUGCAGCCAGGGCCAGGUGCUGUAGGGUGGGUGAUGUGAGCGAUCUUCAGGAACAUGCGACAGUGUGGUGGUGUGUAAAGGCCCUGUGGCUGCUGAUGUGAUGUGAGGGUGAGGACUGGGCUUUCUCCACAUGACCUUGUAGACCCCGUUCCCAGCCGCCUCCUCCCUGUGAAUUAGAAAGCAGGAAGUCUCCUGCCCUGGUGGCGCCAUGUGCUUGACCUGGGGACUUAGAUGCGCACUCACUGACAACCUGUGUCCAGCUGCCUCCGCACCCUCUGACCAGACGUGGCCAUUGCUGAGUAACCACCACUCUGUGGGGCAGUGCUGACCAGGGCAGAGCCUGCCUCACUCCUGGCAGGCACUCCAGGCUCCCUGGCUGCCCCAUUGAGCCCCACCACACCUCAGACAUUCCACAGUCACACCUCAUUCCCUGGACACUUAGGAAAGCAGGGCCCUUCCACCUCUGGAAUCAGCCCCUCCAUUCCAAGUUCAUGCUCUUCUGGAGCAAGCCAGGAUUGGAAGAAGGCAGCUUGUGGGAAGCACUCUCCUGGGAACAGCCUGGGUGGCAGUCCUUAGAAUCAGCCUGCUGUCAUCGCUGGCCCAGGUCACCUUGCCCAGAGGUGUGCCACUCUUGAGCCUGGCGGAGACUGACGAUGGUGCUUAUGACUCUUCUUGUGAGGGUACUUAAGACCUCCACAUUGGGUGGCUUUUUUUAAAAAUAAGCGAAGGCAGCUGGAGCUCCAAACUGCCUCUUGCCAGCAUUUCACAUUUUGCCUUUCACCCAGAGAAGCCAGCACAGAGCCACUGGGGAAUGGUGGUGGCCUUGCCUGCAGAGCCUGGGGAGGUGUCACAGCCAGGGUCCAGGCUGGGAGCAGUUAGCUGUGGGCUGUGUCUAUAGUAGUGGGGUGUGUACAGUAGCCUUCUAGAUGGAUGGCCUGGAGAACAGGCGCUCUCCGCCCCGUCGCCUGCGUUGGAGGUAGCAAGCUGAGCGGCUGUAUGCCUUAAGCCAAUAUUUACUCGGCAGGUCCUUUUGUUUUUUAAUGGCCAUGGAAUAAACCAUUUUUACAAAAAUAAAAAACAGUUCCGGUAGAGUACCUUUGCAGGUGUGUGGGGUGGUGCAUGCCCCGGUGGGGGUGUCUCAGGGUCUUCUGUGACCUCACAGAACUGUCGGACUGCACCAUUUCCAACUUGCCGUAUCACUAAUGGGUCUGCAUUUUAGUUGCAACAAUAAAUGUUUUUAAAGAACA